CCAUCUUGCCUCAUUUCGAAUGGUCAGGGUUGCCUCGUACCUGCCUUUGUGCCUGAGCUUGUGCCUGCGCACUUACCGCAUUGUCUCCUGCCUGGAAUAGUCAUCUGCGUGAUUGAUCGCUUUCUCCUUUUGAUUCUCCCCUCCAUCAAAGCGCUCCCUCAUCAUCAGUACACACACCUGUUUGGCACUGCAGCAUCUGUUGUCGUUCUCCUCCUCCACAUCCACCUAUAUCUGCCUUCCUCCAUCCUCUCUCCCCCUGACAAGAUGCGAGACCCAUUUCCACCACCCCCUCAAUGGCUCUUCGACCUGACCAAACCCUAUGCCGAAGCCCUCAACCUCGUAUCCCUCCCAUACCAUAUCCAUGAGGUCCUCUUCGCUUUCAUCUUAUAUCAGUCCACCCAAUCGAUCUUCUCGCCAAUCCUCUCCAACAUCUUCUUCCCCAGUAUCUACCAGAAACUCAAUCGACGGACUCGAGUCAAUUGGGAUGUCCACGUGGUGUCACUGUUACAGUCGACGUUGAUCAAUGGCCUGGCCUUGUGGGUCAUGUGGUCCGACCAAGAACGUUAUGACAUGCAGCAUAGUGCCAUCGAGCGCAUUUACGGAUAUACAGGUGCCUCAGGAAUGAUCCAGGCAUUCGCUACUGGGUAUUUUGUCUGGGACAUUGUUGUCAGCACCAGAUAUGUCAGGAUCUUUGGCCCAGGUAUUUGGGCUCACGCAGUGACGGCCUUGGCUGUCUUCUCAUUGGGAUUUACACCCUUUGUCAAUUACUACGGACCCGUCUUUAUCCUCUACGAGCUGUCAUCGCCGUUCCUGAAUAUUCACUGGUUCUGUGACAAGCUUAACAUGACGGGUUCCAACUUGCAGUGGUACAAUGGCAUGCUGUUAUUGGGCAUGUUUUUCUGCUGCCGGCUACUAUGGGGAACCUAUCAAUCACUACGAGUCUACCAGGAUGUGUGGCAGACGCUGCAUCUGGACACGUCGGCUCCGUUGUAUCGAGAAGUGCACGAAUCGGCCAAGAUGUCCAUCUUUGCGCCGAGAAACGGGGAACUGUGUCUGGGAGACACCGAGUGCCUUUUGAACCAGUCAGAAGUGAUGAAAUUCGCGGGUGGCCAUACACAGGCAGUGCCGGUAUGGAUGGCCGCGGUGUACCUGACAUGUAACCUGGUGCUGAACUCGCUCAAUUUCUACUGGUUUGGCAAGAUGAUUGAGACAGUACGAAAACGGUUCGACGGGCAACCUGCGGGCGUGGACGUUAAGAAAACGAUUGACCGACGAGACAGUUUGGUGGAAGAAUUGGCAUCUGAAUUGGACCGAGAUGAGAUCUCAGGACCCAAGACGCCGUUCGAGGAGAAGUCAGAUGUGUUGGCAAUGAGCACCGGUGUUUCGGUGCAAGCCGAGAGUGCAAAGAAGCGAUGAGGGGAGUGGUUAUGAAGUUGGAAAGCAUCUGAGUUCAGCAAGCAGGUCGGCUGGUUCUGGCACAGGUGCUCUGGUCCUGGCAUAAAUCGUUGAUGAUCGUUGAUGAUCGUUGAUGAUCGUUGAUGAUUGUGCAUGCUCGUGAGCUAUUGGACUAAUAUUUUCAUAGUAUAGCCUAAAAGGAUAAGCGGGUAGGAGUUCUAAUGGUAAUCGUGUUGGUCUACAGCA